GCUAAAAACCUUAACCGUACGUACUGUGUGUAGCCUAUAUUUUUAUUUAAUUUAAAUGCUAGUAUUGCUAGUACAUGUUCGAGUGGAUAUUCUCAUCCAUUGAUUGUUGUGUUUGGGAAAAUACUCAGUUAGUUUGUAGCGAGAUGGUGCAAUACUCCUAAAUAGGUUUAAACUAAUGGCAGGUACUUUAAGAUCCGUCUGUCGUAAAGUUGUUCCUGCGGCUCAGGUUAUCCCUAACAUGAGGAAACAUAUUUUAUUGCUGAAUACAAGUUUUUCUGAAUCAAAGUCCAGUAUCAAAGGGGGAUAUGUCAGAUCAGCAUUCCUCUCAGAGUUUUUAUGCAAGAGAAAUCUGAGCAGCGUUCCAGCUGUGAAAUUGAUUGACGAUAAAUUAACUCCUUCAAACAACUGUGUAGCAACACCAUCUUUUUCUGAAUCAUCGAACGGAAACUUUCCCAAACCUGACUUGGCCGACAUAGAAUACCAUAACUACGAAGAAAACUCAAGCACCAACAAUUUACCAAACAAAUAUAAACUUCAAACACCUGUGAACAGUUUAGCCAAAGAAAUUUACUUGUACAAUGGCCAUUUGCGCUCACUUUCCUUCAGCAAACCGUCUGUUGAAAUGUUUUCUGAUUAUGAAAAACGAAUGAUUGUGCUCUCAGAGGCAAGUAAAGACCCGACACCAGAACCAUCAAAUGGUACCAGUGGAAGACCUUCGGCUGAACAGCUUGAACAUGUCUUCAAUGUUUUAUCCGAAAAUUUACCAAAGCUUUUUGUCCACCCUCUCGACUACACGAUAUACCAUCCUCAACUAAUUUUUGAAAACAACAUUAGGGGCACUAGGACAGUAGGAAUCUUUCAUUACGUGAAGCAAAUAGCUCUAUUAAGGAUGAUCGGUCAUUUCAAAUUUGCCUAUGUUAAAUUCGACAUUCUCAAAAUAACAGCUCAUCCUGAAGACGGAACUGUAAAGGUUAGGUGGAGGAUACGGGGAAUUUCUGGUAUGAAGGUGUUUAUGAACUUCUGGAAAUUCAACAUUUUGAAGAUAAGGGAGGCAAUUGACAGAGAGUCUGAAUCUUGGUACGAUGGAUUCUCCAUAUUCUAUGUUGGUGCUGACGGAAAAGUGUACAAGCACAUAGUAGACAAGAUGCAACCGGACCCGGAAGAAAAGCUUCAGCCUGUCAACCAACUCAAGUCCCCUCUGGCAACCAAGCUGGCCCUGAUGUUGGGUCUAGUCCCGCGGGACAACCUGGACCUCUCCCAGCUUCUCUCCUUGUUCCAGGAGAACACAGAGUGUCUACAGCACGCCAUGCUCCCACUAGACAAGAUAGCUUGAACAAGUCACACUUUUGUUUAGUUGCAAGUAGACUCAACUUACAUUAAGUUGAAGCCACAAUGUCUCGCUACUUUCAUCCUAAAUGUCUCUCUAGUGAUUUCUAAAGAAAAUGAAUUGGAAAUUAGGAUUCCUCGCAGGUUUUAUUGUAGUAGAAAUAUGUUAAAAGGAGCACAAUUUCAUAAUAAAAAUAGUACAUUUUCAUGCCUGAAAGAUAAUGUUGACACAAUUUGAAUCCAAAGUAGUUUUCAAGUACGUUUAACACGGUUGUGUUGCAUCCUGUUAUAUUAAUGUGUUAUAAUUUAUUCAAAUGUUAAUUUUAUGUAAAUAGAACUCUGUCCCAUUAAAUGUGUUAUUGUUA